UUAUAAAGCUGGCUAAAUGAGCACCUGACCCCCCUCUUAAUAUAAUCAAGCUACACCCCACUCAUACACACCAUACUCAACACGACUACACCAUCUACAUCAUCCACAUCAUAUUCCACACAUCUACACCAUAUUCACAUCCACACCUCAUAUUCAACACGUCAUCAUUUCAUCAUCAUCUACACCACACCUUUCACACCACACAUGAGGACACCAAACACAAGUAACAAAAGGGACUGGCGGACGGGCCAGCCUUGCUUUUUCUCAUACGAUCCGUGCGCUUAUACGUACAUACGAGUUUCCCGCUUUGAAAUCAUUUCGCCAACACAAAAGGGUAAGUGCCGCGAGGUUUUUUUUCGAAAAAAAAGAAGACUUCUAUUUAAAACAUGGUCCUUCGAAGCCGUACCGGACGGCAGUAGUGGUAACAAUAACAAAAUAAUAAAAAAUAUAAAAAAAAUCGGUCACGGUAACGCGGUAACUAAAUCAAAAAAGGGGGAAAAAAAAAGAACCCGGAGUAUAAAACGGGUGAAACAAAAAACUGAAAAAAUUUGUGUUAAGACACCGGUAGUGAAGUGACACUUUUUAAAUCGGUUACAAAAUAAACCGUUGGUGGACAUACAUAUGAAAACGUGAAAAAAAAGCAAGGAAAAAAUUAAAAAGUGAAAAAAAUUUAAUAUAAGUGUGGAAAACGGUAGUAAUACCUGACCGUUGGUGACAAGAAAAAGAAAAAGAAAAAGUCCCGGUAGAACAAAACCGGUAGUGUAAAACAAAAAAAAAAAAAUCUUCAAACGGUAGUAACAACUGGCCGUUGGUGACCACGAAAAAGUCCCAGUGUAGAACAAAACCGGUAGUGUAAAAAAGAAAAACCAAACGUGAAAAACUGUGAAACUUUGGACAAAAAUUUAAAAAAAAGAGGAAAGCGGUGGUGAAGAAAAAAAAAGAAUUGGAAAAAAGGGAACAACCUGUGUGAAAAAAUUUACAAACAACAAAUACAGUGAUAACAAAAAAAAACAAAAAACAAAAAAAAAUAUACAUAUAAACAAAAUCUAAUAUACAUAUGUACACAUGUACGUAUAUUGUAUAUGUUAAAAAAGUGAAUACCUGUGGGCAAACCAAGUGUGAAAAAAUUGAACAAAAGUGCGGUGCUAAACAUAAAAUACAUAUAUAAUACAUACAUAUACAAAUGUAUGUAAGGUGAAACCAAAAAAAAAAAAAAAAACAAAGAGUGAGGUGACAAAGUGUGGUGCGCAAACUAAAGGUUAACAUAACAAACAAAUUUCAUUUCACAGUGCGGUGAAAACAAAACCAAAUCGAAACAAAAGAGGAACCAGGAAAACCCAACAACACCAGCAACACAAAGAUUGGAGAAAGACGCACAGGCACAAGCACAAGCACAGGCACAAGCGCAGGCACAAGCGCUAUCACAAGCGCAGGCACCCAAUAAACAAUUGCGUAAAUGUUUUGUAAAUCUGCGCUAAAAUAAACUUAUCUACAAACAUUUGAGUAAACUUACUUACAAAUGUGAGAAAUAAGUUUAAUUAUAAGUUUACUUAUCUUAUAUUUGUAAGUUUAAAAUAAAUGCGUUGAAAAAACGUUUACUUACAAACAUAAAUGUAAACUUAUGAUGCAACAUUGCAAAUCAGUUUACAUGUAAACACAAAAAGUAAACCAACCGUUUACCAUUUCCCGUUAGUUUUUUCGCCGACUCUCUGACGACUGUUUUUUCUUUUUUGAGUGAUCGCAGUUCAUAAUUAUUGAAUUUGUGAGAUGUAAAGACGUGCGUUUUAAAUAAAACAGUGGAAAAGUUAAUAACUAAAAAUAAUUAAUUGAAAAAUUACUUACAUAUAAGUAUUAUUUAGAAGUGUUAUAAAUAAAAUAAAAUAAAAAAGGCCUUUACAAUAUAAAAGGGUAAGUUGCAUGUUGUAUUUUAAGGCGUUGUUAUAAUUUUUUUAACUGCUAUUCGCGGAAAAUUUGCCACGCAUUCUAACUAAGUUUGUUUUUUGCAGGAAUACUGGAAAUAAGGUGCUUCCAAAACUUAAAAGUUUCUCAUAAUGUCCGCCAAUAAAUCAUACACAUACAACUCCCAAGAACCAAUAGCCCAAACAAAUACCGAUGGAGUGCAUUUGCAAUUUGAAACAUCCAUCAACCAAAACGGAAAUAACCACACCAUAGUCGAAGAAGCAGGAACAAUUAAUAGCUAUACACUGGAUCCCACAUUUUUAGAAGCAAUUCAAAGCACCAUUGAUGCAGCUGUAUCAAAAUCUAUGGGAAGAAUCGUCGAGGAGGUAAGAAGCUUGCAGCGAGAUAUCGCAGAGUUGAGGAAUAGCAGAGACAAUGUUCCAUCAAAAAAGAUUAUGCCAGCGGAACCUUUAAACACAGUGGAGCAAUUUAUGGAAUUGGAGAGUUUACUCCAGAAGGAUGAAGAAUAUGCUAAAUUUAAAUCGGAACUUAUGCAAAAUAUUAAAUACACAGGAGCGAAAUUCGUCAGAACAGCUUGGCGCUCAUUGGUAUCCGAUGAAUGUGCUCAACAUUUUGCUUGGAGUGGAACGUCAGACAAAAAACCUGUCCGCGUCUUAAAAGUAUCUAUGGCUAUCCGAGAUGUCUUCUUACAUGAAGUGAAGGGCAAUGACACUGAAUAUAUAAGUGGCACCAAGACGAUUUUUCAGUUUGCCAAAAAUAGACAAAAACGGAAGCACCAAAAUGCAGCAAAUUAAUUAUUUUACCUAACUAUUUUUCUAUCAUUUCAUUUUUAAAGAAUGUUUUUUAAAUUUUAAUUUUUAGUAUAAGUUUGAUUUAACUUAUGAAGAAUUUUUUUAAUUUUUA